AUGGCAUUAGCGGCGGUGUUUCGUAUCCAGCAAGCACUCGCUGUCAUAGCUUCUCUCAUGCUGACGGGGUACCUCUUCCCCGAACAGACCAUUGUUAACGAUUUCGAUGAAUAUGAUUUCAUAAUAGUGGGUGGUGGAUCAGCCGGGAGUGUGAUCGCCGACAAACUGUCUGAGUAUCCGCAGUACAAGGUGCUGGUUAUCGAAGCCGGGGAUGACCCACCUAUCGAAUCAGUCUUACCGGGCAUGUUUUCGUACUUACCAAGAACAAAAUACGACUGGAACUACACGUCCGUUAACGACAACCGUACAGCACAAACUCAUACGAGUAAAUCAUUAAAUCUUACAUCCGGACAUGUUCUCGGCGGUGGUAGUUCUAUGAAUUACAUGUUUUACGUGCGUGGGUGUCCGGACGAUUACGAUUCCUGGGCAAAAGUGGUGAAUGAUUCUUCUUGGAACUAUAACGAAGUCUACCCAUUUUUUAUUAAAAGUGAAAGAUUAGAAAAUAAAGAAAUACUAAAUUCACAAUAUAGACAUUUUCACGGCGUUAACGGUUUCUUGGGAGUUACAAGAGGAGAGGACCGAGAGCAAACGCGCAAAUACUUAGGAGCUUUUAGAGAAUUAGGUCACCGCGUACUGUUAGAUAUAAAUGGUAAAAGCAGAUUAGGUUACACGAUACCAUUAUUUACCAUUGCUAAUAAUAUGAGACAAACUACUGCAUACACAAAUUUAGGCAGAAACAAACAUCGGACAAAUCUUCACGUUUUAAAAAAAACCUUUGUGACAAAAAUAUUAUUCGAUGAGAAUAACAAUGCAAUUGGCGUUAAAGCAUUAACAGAGGAUGAUAAGCUGAUAACAAUCAAAGCAAACAGAGAAGUUAUAAUAACAGCAGGAGCAAUAAAUACUCCUAAGCUACUUAUGCUCUCAGGCAUUGGACCGAAAAACCAUUUACAAUCUCUAAAUAUUAAAGUAAGAAGCGAUCUACCGGUCGGUAUGAACUACCAAGACCAUCCAAUCACUUUUGCUGCGAUUAAAAUGGAAAAAUCGCAAACGCAACCACCACCGAGUGAUCCUCACAAGCCUUUACCCUCUUUCGUCGGCUACGUUGCUCUGAAUGACUCGAGUACGUGUCCCGAUUAUCAAGCACUCCAUUUUAUUUUUCCAAGUAACUCCGAAUUACCGUAUCAACUUUGCAUAUUUAAUUUCGGUUUUGAUAAGACUGUUUGUCAGAAUUUGAUAAAAGCCAGUAAAAACCGUAUCAUAUUAUUAGCAAACGUAAGCGUACUACGGCCCAAGUCUCGUGGAAGAGUUCUGUUACGGAGCACGAAUCCAAAAGACUCUCCAAUCGUUCACGCUAAAAUAUUUUCAGAUGAAACCGAUCUAACAAACUUGGCAAGUUACUUGGAAGAUUAUUUAAAAGUCCUGAACACGACAUAUUUUAUGGACGUGAAUGCUGAAUUCGUCGACCUUGAACUUGAACAAUGCAAAGGGCUAAGAUUUGGUAGUACGGAAUAUUGGAAGUGUUACAUUGAAUGUACGAUUUUGACCAUGUGCCACUACUCGGGUACGUGCGCUAUGGGGUCAGUUGUGGACAGCCAGCUGCGAGUAUUCAACGUGAACCGGCUACGAGUCGGCGACACGAGUGUUAUGCCCAGAAUCACAAGUGGGAACACUAACGUUCCUGCUAUAAUGAUUGCAGAGAAGCUCUCUCAUAUGAUAAAACAGUUAUAUGCUGAUCAAUAA